GCAGCAGCAGCAGUCGGAGAUUCCGGCCUCUAUUGGCGCCUGUGCGCAUGACGCACUCGCUUGGCUUGGGCAGCACGGCGGUCGGGGCCGGAGAGACACUCCCAACCGCUACCGCGCAGGAUGGCUCACCCUCCACAAGGACGUUUGAUCGCUCGAAUCUCGGAUUUCACCUCAAGAUAGGGUCCAAAGUCAUCAACAUGUACGGCUUGCUGUUCGCGACGCAGGCGUGGUUCACCGCCCUCCUCAUGUUCCCCCUGUGCCUCCUGUCGGCCCUGGUGGCUCCGAUCUUCGACUGGCGACGGAUGCGCCCGCCCACGGCGGUCGCCGUUCUCUGGGGAAGGUUGGCGCUCUGGAACAUGGGGGUGAGGCCAAAGGUGGAAGGGGCGGAGCUGCUGCCGCCAAGGGGAGAGGCCGUGGUGUUCGUGGCGAACCACGGGUCGUACCUCGACAUCCCGGUGACGAACUGCUUGCCAAGAAUGUGCAAGUACCUUAUGAAGGCGGAGCUGCUGUGGCUGCCGAUUGUGGGGUGGAAGGCUGUUUUGGCGAGGGACAUUUUCGUACACAGAGGGACGUCUACGACCUUCCGACAAUUGCUUAGGUCUACCACACGCACCCUCAAGGCGGGCAAUUCCAUCAUGACCUUCCCUGAGGGGACUCGCAGCCGUGACGGUCGAUUAGGGAAGUUCAAGCGCGGACCGUUCACGAUGGCGCAGCAGGCAGGAGUCAGAGUCGUCCCGUUGACCAUCACGGGAGUUACUGAAGCGAUGCCGCCGUUCGCCAUGGCGCCUCUUUGCAAGCCUCGAAGCGUCCGGCUCGUUGUACACCCGGCGAUAUCGACCGAGGGUAAGCCGGUGAAGGAUCUCAUCGCGGAAGCCCGAAAAGCCGUGAGCGACGGCUUGGAAGACUGGCAGAAGCCGAGACCAAAGGUGGACGCUAGUAGUAAUGGGGAUGCGUCGCCAUCUACGCCGCCGCCGUCGCCGCCGUCGCCGCCUCCGUCCCCAUGAGUUUGGCUCUCUCUCGCCGUCGCAGUAGUUGGAAGUGUUUCGGUCAAGUUGUAAUAUCGUACCAUACUAUCGUUAAUUUGCUUUGUUACUGUAUUUGCUAUUUUUGCUCUGGUACCCACUCGGCCGCCUUUGCUUUCCAUCCCUUGGCAAAGUGCAAGGUUUGCCUUUGAUUGAUGGACACUUGGCGAGGUCUCCUCGCUUUAUAUGUUUUGGGUGGCCUACCCAGCCCUUACAUCGUCCAUCUCUAUCCAAGAGGUUGGGCGCAAUCUUUGAUCGGUGCCGUGCUACAAUAAAACACCGUGUGUUUCUCUCGUCAUCGCCAGCAUGCUGAUACCGUCGGCUGCACACGAUGUCGCGCCUGCGGUACAUAGUUUUGUUGUGUUUUGUUUUUUCCGUGCUGUCCCGCGAAGGGAGGGCGAGCGUUGCUUGGCGCGCGGGGCCUGUGUGCUGCGAAUUUCUUGGCGUGGCGCAGCAGUAGGUAUUGCAGGGGGUUCCACUGCGAGUCUUGUCGUGGAGGGUGUCUCGCGCAACCUUUUGCUUUUUUUUCGUCUGCCGAUAUGCUGCAUGAUGCUUCCCUUCCCUCGACUCUCGAGGGGUCAUACCUGAUACUCGUAGCUCGCCCGUGGCUGAAGACCGAGACGCUUUAUGGUCGGCGCGUUUCCGGCGCUGUGCUGUUCCCAACACUCACUCAGGGGCUGAAAAUAUGAAUCCCCCCUCUUUUGGGUGUGGAGUAUGCAUAGUAUAGGUGUGUCGAUGAGAUCGAUCGAUGACUUGGAAAAUCCACCUUUUCGCUGAAUUUCAGGCAAGGGUGAUGGUGGUGGUGAUGUACUAGCCGAUGCCAAAAGAUUCACGCUAAAUGUCGCGUUCGAUUGUCAUUGACUUGAGCGCCCAUUUCUGUGUUUGGUGCUGUUGAGUUGGUCACCCAUUGCUGCCGCUGUCGUGUAAGAGGCGCGAAGAUAAGGAUACCGUAGAUAUCCUUCCUAUCCUAAAAUAGACGCCGAGUGGACGGGAAGGAUGCCAGAGAUACAUACUUGUGGGCGAGAUGAAGUAGUUGUGUUCGUAACCUACCUUCCACCCUGUCACCAAGGGAUUGAUUCAUCUAUCAGCCGUUCCGUUGGAUUGGACGGUAGUUGGAGGUGCAAAGAGUGUUUGGUCUCAAUGGUUUUACGGUUUUCGGCGGCGACGACGACAACAUGAAUCGUUGGGGUGAUCCGUCAGCAUGGUGUUUGUUAUUUGUGGCAAAAUCAGUUUUUUUGUUGCGGCGGUUUCAAAGUGUACGAUUGACGCGGGGAUGUGGGUGUGGUUGUGAAGCGUUCUAGACAGAGGAUUUCUCCGUAGAAGAUAAUACAGCCAGAGGAGACCAUGUUAUUGCUCUUGGAAAGGAUUAAGGAUUAACAUCCCUAACACGGUUACGUACGGAUGCUACAUUUUUGGUGUUACGUCAGGGGUUUGCUCUGCUGUGCCGUAUCGCUAUUCGUGUCGACAGAGGACAGACUAAUCUUCCCGGUUUCGGCGCGAUAGAAACGCUGGCGAUCUACCCGUCCACCGCGUUGCGUUGGACAAAGCUAGCGAGCGAGCUCGGUGUGCGCGCGUGUGUUUUGGGAGCCAUCUUGAUCUUGAUGUACGCAGUAGAUAGAGUCGUACGGGAGAGGAAAACGAGCGGUAUGGUACAGUCAAGGUGGAUGUUGAUGAAAAGGACGUUGUUUGCCUGCAAGAAGGACGUGAUGUUCUAAUGUUCACAUAAUGUUCAUAUGGGUGCAGCGAGGCACUCUGUGAAGUGAAAGGAACCUUGUCACCGUGGUGCGAUCGAUUUUUUUGUGCUCGAUCGAGAGACGAUGCGUUGAUGGACGAGUUGGUUGGCAUGUCAUGCUGUCUUGAAAGUUGAUUUUCGCGAGGCCACACCGACGUUGCACCUGACUUGUGUGCAAGCGACACUCACUCGGAGAUGGAGAAUAUGGGCGCCUCGUUAUGGCAGGCGCAAGUCCUACUGUACGUUGUUGGCAGUCGCCCCUCAGUCCGAGGUCGAUUCGAUGAGCACUCUCUGUCAUACUCCUAUUCGCUCGAUGCCCGUUGUGUGCAGCCAGCCGUAGUGGUGUGGGAACUUUGUUUUUUUUGCAGACGCUCUCUAGACGGCGUGAUGGAUACGAUACGCGCAUUCUCGUUCUUUUCGGGUCCUGCGCUUUUGUGAUUUGUUCUCGUUUCGAUGCGCUACUCCGUCUAACGAUGAACUUCUUUCCUUCUGUAUUUGUUUGUUUCGCGUCAUGACCUGCUUAGGUUCCACUACAUCAGUGCAUGACUUGCGAAGAAUUUUUGGGGUUGAUUUUCGAUAAUAUUUUUUGAUCAUGCAUUUUUCCAUCGACAUACAAAAUUUACGGGCAGAGGCAAGCGUCAGCCUGUGGCGCUAUGGUUGUCCGUCCCUCUUAAACGUCGGGUUGAGCAGAAGCGGGGCGUACGAAAAAAAAGGCGAUUGGGGGCGGCGAGGGGGGGUUGUACUCACAGUCGCGGGGGCGGCCGGGGAGGGGGAAUGGUGAUCAGUUGCGUUUGGUAUUCGCGGGUUUGCGGAGUGCAGGUGUAAAGAGUCGGUAUAUCCCUUGGUUGACCCUUCCAAGUUGUGCGUUUGGAGCUAGAGUCGUUAAAAGUGGGUGCUGCGUUUCUACAAUUGAAGGAGCUUUAUAGAGACGAUACUCUGUUGGCGAGAAAUUCUCUAGAUUCAGCGCUACGAUUUGUUGUUGGUGAAACGGAUAUGUGAGCACGAAGCACGUUUUCUGACCACAUUUAAAUAGGUA